CGCUGCCCGUCUCUGGUGGACACGCCCAGCUGUACUGUAGCCCAGUGCAUUCCCGGUGAGGAGAGUCGCGUGCAAAUGCUUUUAGACUGAAGCAAAGGACACCGAAAUAAGCUCCUCAUGCCCUUCUCUCCGCCACCUCUUGGUUUCUCCGGCGUCUCGAGUCUCCCCCCGCCGCCAAGCGCCGCCGCCGCCGCCGCCGUCGACCUUCCAGUCUUGGUCCUCUCCACUUGCCCUCCACUACCGAUAAGCAUUUCCCUUGCCAAAAAUCUCUCAAAUGAGGACACGGAGCAUGGCGUCCAAACCCGAACCAGUCCCCUCCACCCACGGGACGGCGGCUCGUGCCCCAGCGCGGGCCUCCGUGAGUGCCUCCACCCACGGGACGGCGGCUCGUGCCCCAGCGCCGGCCUCCGUGAGUGCCUCCACCCACGGGACGGUGGCUCGUGCCCCAGCGCCGGCCUCCGUGAGUGCCUCCACCCACGGGACGGCGGUUCGUGCCCCAGCGCCGGCCUCCGUGCGUGCUCCCACCUACUGUGCCACCGUGCAGAGAUGCGUUGCGCUCCUUGACUGGUGGCUGGUGAGGGGUCAAGGCGGCAAGAUCCGUGUUGCCGGGUACAUCGACAACGUCGAGAAGAAUCGAGCAGGUCGAGUAUUCAGUUCUGGUUCCAUUACGGUGCGGCAUGCUGAUGGUACUCUUGAGACUGCAGAUAACAAAAUUGUAUUAACUAGGGGUCCAUUAAAUAUCGAACAGAUGCAUUGGAAUGGAUUUUCUCGUGAGGUUUCAGAACAGUUCAGGCUUGGUUUUCCUAUUCAAUGGGAGAAAUAUGCUAAUUCUAACAUGAAACAGGCGAAUGAACACACACUAUCUCCAGCAAAAUCAACUGAAUAUUGUGUAGAGAAGUUCUUGCGCAGCAGCUUUGCCAAUUCAAUGGAACAUACUUUGACAGAGUUUGAUUUCAGAACAUCCAAAGAGUCUACUGGUAAUACAGAUGGACCUGGGCUUCCAAACUAUGUAAAACCAAGAAUUCAGGAACCUUCUGGCAAUAGUGGUGGUUAUGAUAUCUCAGUGAGCAACAUGGCUGCAUCUGAGGGAUUAUGUAAUGAUAGGAUGGGUAUGCCUGAUGAAUCUUUUGAAGAUCCUGGACCUGGAGAAACAUGUAAUGGUCAAGCAUCUAGAGCAGAUAAUUCACAUGAAGAUAUAGAGACAGAUGCAAGUGGGCAGAGGAUUGUUACUCACUCCAUGGACUCUACUUUAGUUAAUAAUGAUAUAUAUAAAAUAGAAGAAGAACAUGGAUCUUCCAAGUUGGGCAACAGCUCAGUGUGUCCCGGAACAGAACAUGUGUUAGAAGCACUAAACCAAGGGGCGAGUCCAGAGAAUGGAAGUGUUCAGUGUUCAAGAAGACUACGGAGCGGCAAAGUGUACGGAAUGUCUAAUGGUGCGUCAUUGAAGAGGCGAUACUCCAAGAGGAAGACAAUGCAGCACGAAACAUUGUGUAUGAAGGUGAUACCAACUGAAGAGACAACACCCCCUGCCGGUCCGACUUGUCACAAAAAGGGUGGCUCAGUUGCUCAAAUCACUGCUUUGGAUAAGCUUCAAUCACAUGAUUCGGGUCGUAAAGGUUUCCGCGACACUUCUCAUCAGCUGCCGCGUACCCAUGCCUGACGCUGCAGCCUGCUAGUUGAGCAAACAUGAACGGUUCAAGUGUCGUAAGUAUGGGAUCAACAGGCCAUCAACUCCAACUGACCCCCCCGCGUGUGAGACCGGCAGCGCGGCGUGGUGGAAAUUUAAGCGCAGAGAACACGAACGAGUCUUGCACGAUUUCUCCCUCCUUCACGUUUGCAACACGCCAAGAGAACAGUCUCACAGACUAUACUUGAGUUUGCAUGUUUGCUUGAUGCAUCUAUAUAAACGAGCUCAAGCUCCAAAUCCAACUUAGCCGCGGCCUAAAGCACAAGAAGCGCACUUGAAGCUCCGGAGGCAGCCCGAGCUCUUUCUCUUCUCAGCUGAAGCUGUCCGCCUCUGCCGUGCGCGAGAUACCACGUCGGGACGACAAUGGCGGCCGCGACGGCGAACGUGGCAGUGCUGCUCCUGUUGGUCAUCCAUGUCCUCGGCGUCGUCGUCGGCGCAGCGAGGCCAUUGGAGGGAGAUCACGGGUGGACCGGGAACGGGAUCGAAAUGGUGACGGAGAUGCUCAGCGCCGCUAAGUCACGGUCCAGCACCCGCACGCACUGCUGCUGACGUGCAUGCACAAGUUACUCCUGUAAAACUGUUCUUUGGUUCAAUAUAUAUAGGUGGAUCACAGGUCAAAAGAAAAGGAUGGAUCAAACCUUGAAAAUGGAAACAUGAUCGAGCUUCUGCUCUUCUUGUAUUUCUAUCGUGAUUUGUGGAAUGUAUAGUUAAGUUAUCCCUUUUGUAAUAUUAAAACCAGAAGUGUGAAUAUAGCACUUGAUAGAGCUAAUUACAUC